AUGAUUGGGUGCCAACAAGGUUGUCUUCAUGUAUUUUACUGUUCCAACAAAUGUGAACAACAGCAUUGGGACAAAUUUCACCAGUACGAAUGUCCGUUUCUUGAUAAAAUAUUCGCCUUACAAGAUUUUGGUUUUAAUGAUGAGGUUAUUAAUUAUGCUCGACUGGUUAUGCGUAUGCUUACCCACCGAUUACAGGAAGUCUUAGGCAUGCCGUACGAUGUGUCAAUGGAAGACAUUUGGAUAGGGCGGUCACACUUCGAUAAAUUUGCAAUGGAGAAAAAGAAUGAAUUUGAAACGGUGGCCAAAAUCCUAACGGAAUAUAUAUUAACUAGACUCAUUCCUCAUUCAAUAAAAGACAAUCAUGAAUUUAUUGAUUUUGUUCAAUCCUUUCUGCCUGACAGUAUAGAUGUCGAAAAAAUCGAAAUUAAUGAUUCUGACCUUUGGUUAACUGAAAUGACUCAUUUAUGCUUACCCUUGGAUGAUGCCGCCAUGAUGGAAGUAACAAAAUGUCUACUAAUUAAAGUGUACAUACUUAUUUGUAUCGAAGAGAUAAACGCAUUAUUUCAUAUUACUUUCGCUCUCGAAGGAUACUCUCAGCCACCUCAAACGUAUGCAAUGGGAAUGUAUCCAUCUGCUGCUUUCGUCAAUCACUCAUGCUCACCGAACUUAGCACGUUUCCCAGUUCAAGAAGAUACAGACAAUUUUCGUGUAGGUGAUGUUGUGUUCUUUGCAACGCGCUUUCUGAAAAAAGGUGAAGAAGUAUGUUAUAGCUAUUUGGAGCGCGAAUAUGAACUUUAUACAAAAGAACAAGUUGAUGUUGAUGAAAUCGUCAAGAGUCAAGCAAAAAGGAAACAAAGAUUGAAAGAUGAAUUUUUCUUUGAUUGUGAUUGUGCACGCUGUUUCAAAGAGUCAAGAGGAGAUCUUGAUACGUCCUAUAUGGCUUUGGUAAAAGAACUCAAAUGCACAAAGUCGGAAUGCAAAGGCUGGUUUAUUCCAUCUUUUGAAAAACAUAUGCGUUGUGAAGCAUGUAGAAUGUCACUAUAA